AUGGCUCCUAAAAACAAGGGCAGGGGCAAAGCAAAAGAUACCUCUGAAGGCGGCGAUGCCGGCGGAAAAACCAAAGGCCUGAAGGCCGCCAACUCCAUCAACGUCCGGCACAUUCUCUGCGAGAAGCAUUCCAAAAAGGAAGAAGCCUUGGGCAAGUUGAGAGACGGCGCGAAAUUCGACGAGGUUGCCCGGGAAUACUCGGAAGACAAGGCCAGGCAAGGCGGAUCGUUAGGCUGGAAGGUCAGGGGUAGCUUGAACGGAGAAUUCGAAAAGGUCGCGUACGAGCUCGAGCCCAGCACGACAGCUAACCCAAAAUAUGCAGAAGUGAAGACGGGCUUUGGCUACCAUAUAAUCAUGGUGGAGGGAAGGAAAUGA